GACGCUACCGGAAAAGCGGCGUGUUAUUCGCCUUAGGUAGUUGACCGGCGUUAAGUUUCACAAUUGGAAUAGCAGAUCACCUGUUGAGCGACUCAUCUCUUAGCAGCAGGACGAUUUGUAUUUGCCAAAAAAUGUCUACAGACAUAAGUGUAAUGAUAGAUGAAUACCUAAGAUUGGGUGAUAAUCAUAUGGAUGCAUUUCUGGUGAAGUGCCUAGUUUACAAAUUUGUACUUCAAGAGGAUGUCAUUGAACGUAUAACACAAGUAUUUGAAGAAGAACUAGAACUGGGCUUAAAAAAGAAACCCGAAAGGAAAUCAUCGUUACAGAUGGCGAACACAUUCAUUCCUAAACAUUUAAGUGGAAAGGAGAAAGGGGAAUUUUUGGCUCUUGAUUUAGGUGGAACUAAUUUCAGAGUAAUUUUAUUGAAACUAGAUCCAGAAUCAGAAUUAUAUACUAAUGUAAAGUACUACACGGUUCCUGAGGAGUUACGCCUAGGAGAAGGCGAGAUGCUUUUCGAAUUUUUGGCGGAUUGCAUUCAACAAUUUUUGAAGGAGAAUGAUUUAUUGGGAAAGAAGCUUCCAUUAGGAUUUUGCUUUUCUUUUCCAAUGAUUCAAACUGGAAUUGAUGAAGGAAUACUUGUAACAUGGACUAAAUCUUUCAAGUGCAAAAAUGUUGUCGGAAAGGAAGUAGUACAGAUGCUGAGAUCUGCAUUAGAGAAAAAAGAAGGAGUUGCUGUUGAAGUUGUUGCAGUUAUAAACGACGCAACUGGAACAAUGAUGAUGGGAUCAUAUCUCGACAAGAGAAGCGCUAUUGGAUUAAUUUUAGGUACAGGCUGCAAUGCAUCGUAUUUUGAAAAAGUGGACCGAAUAAAAAAAUGGGAAGGUCAACAUCCCGGCAUUGAAGAGGUCAUCAUCGACAUUGAAUGGGGUGCUUUCGGAGAUAACGGCGUCUUAGAUUUCAUGAAAACCGAUAUUGAUAAACUUGUAGAUGAAGAAUCUCUUCUAGUUCACAGUUUUACGUUUGAAAAACUGUUUGCUGGAAAGUAUGUCGGAGAAAUAGUAAGGCAUAUUCUCCUUAAUCUAAUAAAAGGGAAAGCUUUAUUUAAGAAAAUGGAAACAGUGCCAGACGGUUGGGUAUUUACCGCUGCGGACGUGUCGAAAGCUAUCGAGGAAACGAACUUGGAAAAUAUUUUAGAAAGCUUGCAAGCGAAAGGAUUCACAGAAGCUACUAUAAAUGACGCUGAUACAGUACGUUAUGUUUGCACUGCUGUGUCAAUAAGAGGGGCGCUUCUAGUUUCAAUUUGUCUUGCUAGCCUUUUAAAAAGGAUGGAUAAAGACGAUGUGACUAUAGCAAUUGAUGGCUCUUUAUACAAGCACCAUCCUAAAUAUGAUGAAUAUAUGAGAAAGUUCAUAGCUGCCUUAGCGCCUACGAAAAAAUUUCAACUAAUUCUUGCUGAGGAUGGAAGUGGUAAAGGUGCUGGUCUUGUUGCAGCUGUAGUAACAUCUUUGGAUAAAACUUCACUCCAUUCUUAAUUCUGAAUAAACUUAUAUUCAAAACACAAUAAAGUCCUUGUAUUUGUGUAGAAGCGUUAGAAAUCCUGCAUGUAGUAAAGUUGUAUGCUAUAAAAUUAUUAUUUUUUUGUGUGUUGUAAAAUUAUUUGUUGAUAAAAAUUAAAUUGUAAUCUCAAUUAAA